GACGCUUCGGGAUUGUGCGGAGGAACACAGCCAUGGAUUCAAUGUUGAACUGCUUUUUUCACAAGACCGACGUUUAAGCGGGUGGAGACUGCUGUUCAUUUAAACCCCACAGUCGGGUUUUUCCACACGUUAAACGAAGAACUUUUCUUUCUUUUUUUAUUUUUUUUUACACCGUUGGAUUUUAUGGCCACUUUAAGGUCGUAAAUGACAGGUCUGUAGGGGCGUCGUUGUUGGGAAGUUUUUCUGGGGUGGGGGGGAGGAACCGGGUUCGACCAGCCAGGGCCAUGGCAGUCGAGGCUCGGCCGGAGCUGGUCGGUAAGCGGUUCCUCUGUGUCAGCGGAGACCAGCCGCCUGAGAUCGGGGACAUCGCUCGCUGGCUCUGGAGGUCCGGGGUCAUACGAGCCGUCAACCACCGUGACACCGACAGUCCGGACCUGGCG